AUGAAGUUCAAUAAGGAAACUGUUAUUGUUGCUUCAUACUUUUUAUUAUCAGUGUCAGCUUCGAUUGUUCAAACUGAUUCCGAAUUGAUUUGUUCUCCAACUGAUCCAAGUGAUUGUUAUCCAAAAGUAUUCGUUCCUACCAACUAUUGGCAAACUAUCAAAGAGGGCCAAGAGAUUCCUGCCGGGUUGCACGUUCGCUUAAACUUGGAAACAUCUACCAGGGAAGCCAAGAUAUCGGAAGAAGACGAUUCAAACGCAAAUACACAAGAUCUUGUUAUUACAGAAGAACCAGAAAUUGUAGAAGAAACCAUGGAAGAACAAAUCCAAAGAAAGAUUCGUGAGGCAAAGGAGAAUAAUUCAGUCAAGAAGCCCAGAGCUUCCCCUGAAGAAUUGAAUAAUUAUGAAGCUGCAGUGACUGAAAUACAUGAUUCGCCACUUGGUUCUAACUUGGAUUUAGAUAGAAUAUCUAUUGCUCUUGAUACUUUGAUUGAGUUAAGUCAUGAUAUUGAAUUUGGAGCCAAGUUAACUCUGGACCAAAGGAUCUUUCAAGAUCUUCUUAGGAUUGGUACUAAGGUUACUAACUCUCUUAAAAUGGUUGAUAUUCAAGAAAAGGCAUAUAGGAUCAUGGGAUCUGCACUUCGGAACAACCCAGAAGCUGUGGAUAAUGUUUUAAACAAGCAAUCAUCUACAUUCCUUGAUACUUUGUUUGCUCAAUUGAGAUCCAUUCAAUCUGAUGUAUUACAAAAAAGAAUUUUGGGUGUUAUCCAUGCAUUAACCCAAAGUGACCAUUUCAAUGCCGAAUACAUUAAUGGUGGAGGUAUCGGACUUGAUAAAUUGGUGGAUACUUUCCCAAGUUUAGGUCAACAAUCAAAAACUAGAUUAAUCAAUAUUUUAGAAGAUGCUAAUUUACUUAAUAUUGAUAGAAGUUCCAACUCUAAAAGAGUAAUUGAAGAUUCAACUAGUCCAGAGAAACUAUAUUCUGAUUUCUUACAAGAUAGAUUACUUAGUGGCAAGACUAAUUCAGAAACUCAACUUCGUUUAUUUUUCAAUAAAUUAAGUGAAGUCCAUACAAAUAAUAAGAAUUUAAAGGCAAAUAAGGAAUUCAUUAGUUGGCUCGCAGCAGAAUCAGAUACAAGGGCUAAAAGUGGUAAAAACAAAGAAAGAGAUUCUUCAUACACCCUGGCCGAUCAGGCUUUUGAUAGAGGAAUGCUUGAAGCUAGGCACAUUGUAUUUGGUAAUCCAAUGGGUUUACGUAAAGCUUAUGCUGAUGAACUUUAA